CAUACAGAGUGUUAUCUGAUGUAGCCGAGAACACUACCUGCACAUCCAGGGUGACUCACACGCUUUCUCCCGUGCCCGCUCCUCUCCCAUAACAGGUGGCGUGGGCUCGAUGGAAGCAGAUGAGGCGAUGCUCUCCUCCUUUGGUCCUCCAUCCCCCGUACCACAGGGGUACGCAGGGCUCUCCACAUCGCUUCAGUCCUAAACACGAGACACAAGUAGGAGUCUGUACUACGCUAUUUGGGGUUUAGAUAACGAUUCUGCUGCUUCUCAGCCCACAUUGUGGUUUCUCCUACAGCCAUACCAAAGCCUUAUGAAAAUCUCAGUCGACCUUGAGGUGCCUUUCCCUGGAAUGGGCUGCCCUGGUACUGGGGGAAGGGGAAGCAGAAGUUUCUGGAAGCCGCCUGCCCAGGCACAGGAGGUGGGGUGCAGGUCGGCCGACAGCAAAGGCGGAGCCAUGCCCUGGGGAAGGGGCUUCAGCCCCGCGCGGAGCAAUCAUCAAGACACCCAACCCCAGGCUGGAAGGGACAUGGACGGGGAGACAGAGAAACUACCAAAACUUGCAGACCCCAAAUUUACCCCAACUGUAUGAAUAUAAUGUGCCAGGUGAGAUUUGAGCCUAAGAGAUUUGUCACUUGGGAUGUCAGCGUACACCAUUACGACAAUUAGCUGUGGUGACGACCAUCAGCCAGCUACAAGACCGUCACAAUGAGUUUUGUUGAGUAUGGAGACACAAUAAAGGAUGGUGACACAGCUAUUGUAUUCUUGGGCCAUGAAUCCAUGUUUCCUGUGAAAGUCCAGCAUGGCACCGUCACUCAGACUAAGUACGGGGUCAUCAGGCAUUCCACGGACCUCAUAGGCAAGAAGUAUGGCUCCAAAGUGACCUGCAGUAAAGGAGGGUGGGUGUUUAUUCUUCAUCCAACUCCAGAACUGUGGACCAUGAAUCUUCCGCACAGGACGCAGAUUCUGUAUUCCACUGACAUCUCUCUGAUCACCAUGAUGUUAGAACUGAAGCCAGGCUCCAUAGUAUGUGAAUCAGGUACGGGCAGUGGAUCGCUCUCCCACGCUCUCAUCAGGACAGUGGCUCCCACAGGGCACCUGUACACGGUGGAGUUCCACCAACAGAGAGCCGAGAAAGCCAGGGAGGAAUUUCGGGAGCAUGGGGUGGAGCAUCUGGUCACCGUGACCAACCAGGAUGUCUGCAAAAACGGGUUUGGCGUCUCAAACAUUGCGGAUGCUGUGUUCCUAGAUAUUCCAUCUCCAUGGGAAGCCAUAGGACAUGCAAAAUCAGCGUUAAAAGCUGAAGGUGGCCGCAUCUGCUCUUUCUCCCCCUGCAUCGAACAAGUCCAGCGAACCUGCCUAGCGAUGGAAGAAUAUGGUUUUACAGAGAUUAACACCUUGGAAAUUCUUCUCCGAGUGUACAACGUAAGGACAAUUAGCUUGCAAAUCCCUGACCUUGGAAAAGCAGCUGAGGAUAAUUCCAGCGCUGGCUUUGACAGCAGCAGCGCAUCAAACCCAGGCAGCCCGUGCGCUGAUGCGCAGGCAGGGACGGUGCAGUUCAAAAGCGGCGUGCCGCUGCGGGACAUGGUGGGUCACACCGGCUACCUGACCUUCGCCACCAAGAGCCUCUUUUAGUCCGUGUUGGGUUUGUGCAGCUCGGAGCGGUUUGUGUGUUUGUGUAUGUUUUCAUGGUUCUUUUUUGUAGGGGAUCCAAAUUUUUACUUGUCAGGGAAUUCCAUAUAUAGUCAGAUUUGGUUGGAAUAUGCUUUGUUUAAAUAGUACACAGGCAUGAGCCAGAGCAGCAUCGAGGGAAUGUUGAAACUCUGGAAUGGUGCUCCACUCACUGUCAGAAAGAAGAUAAAUUAAUAGCGAACGGCCAAUCUCCUGUUAAGAAAGCAAAACAAACAGCAUGCUAAUUGCAAAUAAGCUGGAUCUUUUCUCAAUUACUUUCCCAGGUUUAUGAUUUUAUUUUAUUUUCCUAGCACCACUAGACACUUUUUUUAAACUUCUCUAGUGUCUGUGUUGCUCUUAGGAAUGUGAAAGUGCCUCCUUGCUUCCUUUUAGAUAUGAAAGUUGUGAGGUCAAAGGGUUGCCAGCACAACAGAAUUCGUGUUUCCUUGGAGCGCUGCUCAGCUGCACAGAGAGUUGUUGGCAGGACUCAGGAACACAACCUCUUACUCCAUUCCAGGCUGGCAUCUGCAAAUCAUUGAGAUUACACAGAGGUCAAAGAAGUGUGCUAAUUGUUGGAUUUGCUUUAAAACAGUACAUUCUGGCCGUCAAUUUAUCGUAAAAAUUUGGACCUGGAUUCAUUCUAUAGUCUUCUAAUAGAUCAUCCACUUUCCUAGUUGGUGAAUCCACUGUGAAAUGCACUGAACAGCUGGUUAAUAUUAUCUGGACACCUGUUUGUAAGCGGUGUGGCCGAGGUUCCGUUUGUUUGGCAUUUUAUGUGCGUUAUGGUGUAUUAUCUUCCUGCAGUCGAAUGAGGGAAAGAUUGCUUUCGGCAGGAUUUCGGUCUUCAGAUUGCAACAACAAUGCAAACUUAGUAAAAUUCUCAACCGGCUUUAUUAAUUAAGUUUUCAGACCAUUUACUCUUUGGUCUUCCAUACCAAGCUGGUGAGUGUGAUUAACUAUUUCAAUGCUGGAUUAAAUUUUGUAUUUACAGAUUAAAAUAAUUAUGCAAAUUUA